AUGCCUCCUUAUGAUUGCAUGCUUCUAUUCAAGCCACAUGUGAAAAAAGAAGCCCUAAUUGGUUUAGUUGCAAGGAUUGGAAAACACAUAUCUAGAAGAAAUGGGGUUGUCACUGAGGUUAAGAGUUUUGGAACAAUUCAGUUGGGCUAUGGUGUCAAAAAGCUUGAUGGCAGGUUUUUUCAGGGCCAACUGAUGCAAGUGAGCAUGAUGGCUACACCGGAAAUCAACAAAGAGCUGCAUUACCUAAACAAGGAAGACAAACUACUACGUUGGCUUCUGGUUAAGCAGCGUGACACAAAGAUUGGGCUUGAGUUCAUGGGAGAUGAAGGUAGAUUAGAGCCAAGCAGAUUCUCUCAAAUAAAUAAACCUGAUGACGACGAUGAUGAGGAUGAAGACGAUGAAGAAUAUGAAGUGAACGAAGACGAAAACAGUAUGAACUAA